ACCUGAUCUAUGUAUCAUAUACUAUCCCUUCACCACCGGGGCAAGAAAUGAGCAUUUUCGGAUGCACACUUGAAACGGUGACCAUUUUCCCCCUGCCUUCUAUCUCUCUCCUCCGCUUUUUUUUCUUUUCUGUUUUUAAACAAAUCACCGACGAAACGCAAGCACCGCGCGUCGUGCCUUUGCAUAUUUUGGUUGCUUUUCGGAAAAGGGGCGAUCUAGGGGAAGGUGUAUAGCGUGUAGUCAAGGGAUGACAGGCCACUGUGCUUCACUCGGCUGGUCGCGGACUACCCACAUCGGUGAUUUCUCGGACGAGCCAGAACUUAGAUUGGACAGCAUGAAGGAGAAGUCCAAGAACGCGGCCCGCACGCGUCGGGAGAAAGAAAACGCCGAGUUCUUCGAGUUGGCCAAGUUGCUCCCCCUGCCGUCCGCCAUCACCACCCAGCUGGACAAGGCCUCCAUCAUACGGCUAACUACCAGCUACCUCAAGAUGAGAGCCCUCUUCCCCGAAGAUUAG